GAGAGCAUUAAGAGGUUCACCACCAUAUUUUGAAAAGGCUAAGAAAGAUUUGUUUGCAAUGAUUAGACAAUUAGGACCAUCUUCUAUAUUCUGUAGUUUUUCUUCAGCAGAAACACAAUGGAUACAUUUCCUUCGAAUACUUGGCCAGGUAGUUGAUCACAAAGACUACACUACCAGUGAGCUUGAAAAUAUGACCUGGGAUGAGAAAUGCAGGCUUAUUCAAAGUGACCCAGUGACAUGUGCUAGACAUUUUGAUUAUCAAAUUAGUCAAUUUCUCACGAACUUUCUUUUUGGUAAAGCUCAACCAUUAGGCAAAAUUUCUGACUGGUUUUACCGAGUAGAAUACCAGCAGCGGGGCUCACCCCACAUACACAUGCUUAUAUGGCUUGAAGAUGCACCAGUAUUUGGAGUCGACGACGAUGCUGCCGUUACAGACUUUAUUGAUAAAAUAAUUAGUUGUCAGUGGCCAGUUGAUAAUACAGAAUUACAUAAACUAGUGAACAGGCAAAUUCACAGGCAUUGUCACACUUGUAGAAAAAAGUCAAAGAAUGAAUGUCGAUUUAACUAUCCACAACCUCCUAUGAGAGCAACUGAAAUUCUUUACCCUUUAGAAGCAGACAUGCCACAAAAUAAAAUAAAACAGCACAAAGACACUUGGAAAAUAAUCAACAAGCAAUUAAAUGAUAUGAAAGAAGGCGAACCUAUAACAUUUGAACAACUACUUGUCAAAUUAAAAGUUACUGAAAAUGAAUAUCGACUAGCUGUGAGGUCAUCGUUAAAUUCACCAACUGUGUUUUUAAAAAGAAAACCGAAUGAGUUAAGAAUAAACAACUAUAAUCCUGCUUCCCUCGAGGCGUGGAGAGCAAACAUGGAUAUCCAGUUUGUACUUGAUGUGUAUGCAUGUGCCAUGUACAUAGUUUCGUAUAUUUCUAAAGCACAAAAAGGAAUGAGUGAACUUUUACGACAAGCAUGUGCUGAAGCCAGAAAAGGAAAUUCUAGCAUAAAGCAACAAGUCCGAGACAUUGGAAACAAAUUUUUAAACAGUGUCGAGAUAAGUGCACAAGAAGCUGUUUACAUUGUUUUACAGCUUCCUAUGAAGAAGUCUUCUCGUCAAGUAAUAUUCAUAAAUACCACUCCUCCUAAUGAAAGAGUUCAGCUUUUAAAAUCAAUAAAUGACAUUGAAGAAAUGGAUGAUGAUUGUGAAGAUGUAUAUACCAAUGGUCUUUUGCAAAGAUAUGCAAAACGCCCUUUAAGUCUUGAAUACUUAACAUUGGCAGAUUGGACUGCAUGGUAUGACUCAUGUGGAAAACCAUAUGCAAAAAAAUCAUUCGAAAGAGAUUCUGAUAACCUUCCAUUAGAAACAGCUGAUGAUGAACAAAAUGACGAUGACCUUUUUGAGGAUAAUCUCAUCAAUCCCAAAAGUAACAAAAAAAGAUCAAAGGCUAGAAUUAUAAGAAGUGUUUGGUAUAACUGUGAAAAAGAUCCAGAAAAACAUUAUCGUGAAUUAAUAAUGCUGUUUACGUCAUGGAGAAAUGAGGACACUGAUUUGUUAGCUAACUGUUCCUCCUACCAAGAACGUUUCAUAAAUGUAAAAGAUAGUAUAAAUAAGCAAAUGAAACUAUAUGCUGUUUGCAGUGAAGACUUAGACAAAAUCCAUGAACACUUGAUUCAUCUUGAUGAAGACAAUGAUCAUUUUGACUCAAUAGCACCAUUUACACAAAACAGAGAAUACCAGGAUGAGGCUGAGGGUCUUCAAGAUUUGCAUCCUGAUCUCAAUGAAAACUAUGAUUUAUCAGAAGAUGUUGGAAUUCCUUCAGCAAUAGAAACUAGUGAACCACUGAUACUAAAUGAAUUACAAGACCAAGAGUACAGACAAUUGGUGCAAACACUAAAUCAAAAGCAAAAGGAAUUUUUUUAUCAUAUCUUGCAUAUUGUUAAAACAUCAGACAAACCAUUCUACUAUUUCCUCUCUGGAGGAGCUGGAGUGGGCAAGUCCCAUCUGGUCAAAUGUCUAUAUCAAGCAGCACUAAAAUAUUACAACUCCAGAGCUGGUGAAGACUUCAAUGAUGUUAAAAUACUGUUAUUAGCACCAACUGGAAAAGCUGCUUUUGGCAUACAAGGUAAUACAAUACACAGUACCUUGGCAAUUCCAGCAAGCCAGUCACUAAAGAUUUAUAAACCUCUUGACUCAAGUAGACUUAACACUCUGAGAUGUAAACUUCAUGCAGUGAAACUAAUAUUUUUGGAUGAAAUUUCAAUGGUUGGCAAUACUAUGUUUAAUGUACAAAUAAAUAACAGAUUAAAAGAUAUUAUGGGCAGCAAAGAACCAUUUGGAGGUGUAAGCAUGAUAGCACUUGGUGAUUUAUUUCAGUUAGAACCUGUUAUGGAUGGUUAUGUGUUUAAAGAUAUGAACAACUCAGAAUAUCGAGCUCUUGCUUCCAACUUGUGGCAAGAACUAUAUACAAUGUUUGAAUUAGAAGAAAUUAUGAGACAAAGAGAAAGCAAAGAAUUUGCUCAACUUCUUAACAGGUUACGAGAAGGUAAUCACACUCCAGAAGACAUUGCAAAACUUAAAGAGAGAUGCAUUUCAGAAAAUUGUACAAAUUACCCUAUCAAUGUCCCCCAUUUGUUCAUACAGAAUUCUAAAGUUGAUGAGUUUAAUAGGAGAGUUCACAUGGCUGCAACUGGUGAAAAGUAUACAAUUAAAGCCUUAGAUAGUGUUGUGGGUGCUAACUCUGCAGAACUAAGGGAUAAGAUCUUAAAGCAAGUACCACUUGAUCCUAGAAAAACUAAGCAAUUACCUUUAAACCUUCAACUUGCUGAAGGUGAAAGAACAGAAAUCGCAGUGAAUCUAAGGACUGAUGAUGGCAUGACAAAUGGUGCUGCUAAUAUUGUAAGGAAGAUACAAUUACAUGACAAAAACAGACCUUCUGGAAUAAUAUGGGUAGAAUUUGACCAAGCACAUGUAGGAGGAAAAACUAGACAUGAUUAUAGGCACUUAUUUGUAGAAGGUAUUGAACGCUAAUGGACUCCUAUCAAACCUAUCACUGCACAAUUUGCAGUUGGAAGAAACAGAACAGCUCAGGUUGUGAGAAAGCAAUUUCCAUUGAGACCUGCAGCUGCUAAAACCAUUCACAGAUCACAAGGUGACACUGAGACAAGAAUAGUAGUUAACUUUAACACCAGGAGAGCAAUACCUCACAUUCAUUAUGUAGGAUUAAGUAGAGUAACAACUAUAGAAGGGCUUUACAUAACUGACCUUUGUGAGAACAAAAUAGCUGUAAAUCAUGAUGUUAAAGCAGAAAUGCAACGCAUACGGACAGAAAAGCAUCUCCACUUUUCUUUAACUCCUAUUUAUGAAAUACAUGAACCUACUGUUAAGUUAUGCUUCCUUAAUUCAAGAUCAUUGCAUAAACAUAUAGAAGACAUACGCAAAGAUUUGAACUAUUCACAUACUGAUGUCAGUAUAUUCUCAGAAACAAGGUUAUAUACUUUAGACAGCAAUACUGCAUACACAAUUAGUGGCUACAGUUUAUUUAGAAAUGACAGUCAAUGCACAACAUGUAAUACCAGACCUUAUGGUGGAACAGCUGUGUAUAGUAAAAUAAGUUUUAUUCCUGGGUAUCCAGUUUGCAUGAACACAAAUGGCGUAGAAAUAACUAUUGUAAAACUUGAAAAAAUACCACAAAUUACCAUAAUAGGUGUGUAUCGGUCACCCAGAGUGCCUGUACGACAGAUGUGUUUAGCAUUAACUGAACUUCUGACUAUGAACUGUUCCCAAUUUAAACUAUUUAUGGGUGAUUUUAAUGUGAACUGGUUAAAUGAAAAAGAGAAACUUCCUCUUUAUAAUUUCUUCAUUAGAGAAAACAGCUACAGGCAAUUAAUAUCAUGUUAUACAACUGACAACAGAACCACCAUAGACCACAUUUAUACUAAUUUACCUGAAUCACAGGUGAAUUUGCACAUUUUAGAAACAUAUUUUUCAGAUCAUAAAGCAAUCUGUGCAUUAAUUCGAACAUAAUUGCUGCUGUAGACAGCCGUCAAUAUUCUUGAAGCCAUCGAUAAAUUAACCGUAAAAGUGUCAAAGAAACUAGAAAUAUCGAAAAUAAAACUCUUUUGUGUGGUGUAACUGAGCUUAAAAGAGGAUUCUGUUGCUUAAAUGUUUCAAAAGGAAGCUUUAAUACCACAUCUGUAAAUGAGCUCCAAGCGUCGUAACUUGGCCGGGUAGGAUUAGUUAUUUGCUUUGUAUUUUAUAAACAAAUAAAAGCAUGAGUUGACAUCUGUAAAUGAGCUGCAAUCGUCAUAACUCCAGUAGGAUUAGAUAUUCGCCUUGUAUUUUAUAAACAAAUAAUAGCACUUUUUGUACGUAGUAUUAAAACAUGCAACUAACAGCAGCACUCAUUUCUCAUUGAGAACUGCUACAUGUAGUUUAAAUUUUCUUGUGUUGUUUGAGGUUGCUGUCUAAUUUUGGAUAGUAACCCUGAACGCUCUCUUUUCCCCGCCAUUUGAUUAAAACUUACAAAGGCAAGUAUUACUUUGCUUUAAACAUUACAUUACAACUUUACAUGUACAACGCAAAAAUACAAUUUCUUUAAUUAAAAUAUAUUAAAAUUUAUUAUCUUGCUACAAAGUAUUCAUUUUAAAUCUCUUUCUCUCAACAGCUUUAAC